CCCCCGCGCGUCGCCGGCCUUCUCGCUAGCUGCCUCCUGGCCUCUCUCCCCUCGUCCCGGCCCGUCUUUCGAGUCUGGCUGUUUGCCUUGAUCUUCGCCCACCCCCGCAGCCCUCUCCGACUCAGCCUUGCGUGAACACCGCCGCCCGCCCACAGCGUCUGGGAGCCCUCCUCUCCUCCACCUCUUCCCCACCCGCGCCGGCGCCUCCUCCCGCGCUUUCGCAGGAGCCCAGGGGACUUAGUGCUGCGUCACCACCUGGCCGCUUGUGCUCGGUGCACCGAGAGCUCGCGCUGCAGUCCUUAUCACGAAGCCCCGAUGACAUCCCCUGCCCCACACGAUGAAUCGCCCAUCGUCCGCCCGGGCUGCCGACACCCUGACACUGCCGUCUGGAUGCUGGAUGUGCGCCCUUUGCCCUGCCUUCGUAGGCCCCAGCCCAGGCUGGUGUGAAUGAAUCCGCUUUAGCGAAGAGGCAGAAAUUAAGGUGGGGGCGGCUGAGAGGGUCAGGGAUAUCAGGAUGGUGUCACCGAGGUCCACUCUACUCAGCAUCUGCCUCUCCUAGUCUUCCUUGGAAACCAGAGAUAGAUAGCUGGGCAAAAGAAUCCCAGCGAAUUUCAGCCUUCCCAUAUUUGUAUUUUAUAGAAUCUUAGAAUACCAAGAGCUGUAGGCCUUUGAGCCAAGUUUAUAUUGGAGCAUAAUACUUAAGAACUUGAGGCACUGGCUUUGAAUCCUCACACCGUCACGUACCAUCUGUGAUCUUGAGCAGAUUGCUUCACCUCUGUGUGACAGCCUUGGUUUCUCAUGUGUAAAAUGGGAAUAUGAAUAGUACAAAGUUAAAGAUUGCUGUGAAAAGAGUUAAUGUCAGUAAAGUGCCCAGCAGGCCAAGUGCAAGAGGAGCCCUGGUGGCGCAGUGGUUAAGCACUCAGCUGCCAACCAAAGGUCAGGAAUUCAAACCCACUUUUUGCUCUGUGGGAAUCAAGUUCGGUAAUGAUUUACAGCCUUCGAAACCCUAUGGGGCACUUCUACUCUGUCCUACAGGGUGGUUAUGAGUCGGAAUGGACUCCACAAAGGGUUUUUUGGUUUGGGCUACGUGCCUGGUAUGUAGUUAGGGCUCAAAGUAUGGUCCAUCCAAAGCCAAACCAGUUUCUGUCCAUUGAUGCCAACUCUCUGUAGUACAGAGUACAACUGCCCCAUAGAGUUUCCAAGGAGCCGCGGGUGGAUUCGAACUGCCGACCCUUUGGGUAGCAGCUGAGCUCUUAACCACUACACCACCAGGGCUCCCAAAGUAUAGCAGUUGCUGUUAUGGGAUCCUCCCAGUGGCAAGAACUGGGCCAGAAAGUGCUUUCUGAAGGUAGAGAGUUCUUCCUCCAACUACCUGUGUCUUCCAGAGGGUCCAGAACAGGACUCCUCUUUCUGUCUUCCAUUUGUCAGUUCUCAUAUAUCUGAAGGCAGCCAUCCCUCCCUUCCCCUGCCUUCUUGUCCACAAUGGCUCCAUGUCUCACAAGUCUUUUCUUUCAGACUGGCAUACCUAAUCUGUCACUUCCUGCUCCACAUGGCUUUGUGGGCUGCUCUGCCUCACCUCAGUCUCUGGCCUUCCUAGGAUGCAGGAGCCAAGAGUGAGCCCUGCAGCCCAGGUGGGUGUGGCCAGAUUGGCUUGGGCACUCAGAGCUCCUCCCUCACCCGCUGCCCCCUUAUCCCCUUCCCUAACCCUGCAGGCUCUGAACCCUGCCUGGCUUUGGAUGGCAGCUGGGACCCACUGGCUCUCUCAGUCGCAGCCUCAGAAUGAAUGAAUGAAGUUGGCUAAAGCCCUAGUCUUUCUACCAGAAGGCCUCUGUCCUUCGGUUUCCAGCCGCCUGUGCUUGUGCAGGUGGUUCUUGUUUUAAUGCCAAAAAUACUGGACUUUUCACAUGACCCUUUAGUUUUUCUUUUGUCCAUAUGGCUGUGUUCAUUUGAAAAAAAUUAUUAUUUUUUAAUAUACUGACAUAGUACAAAAUUUAAAAGAGAGAAUAGUUUAUAGUGAAAAGUGUCUCCCCCACCCAUUUCUACCCAUUCACCCCCCACGCACACACCCCCAGCAACCACUGUUAACAUUCUUCAUGUAUUUUUUCAGGGAUAUUCUAUGUAUAGUCAAGCAAAUAUAUGUCUGUCUUUUUUCUUUCUUCUUUUUUACACGAAUGGUAGUAUACUAUACACUGUUCUGCACCUUGCUUUUUUCCUUCUAACAAUGUGUCUUGGUGAUCCAUCCAUAUUCAGUAUAAAAAGAGCUGCCUCAUUCUUUUUAAUAGCUGCAAAGUAUUCCAUUGUACUGCUGUGAAUCUAGGUCCUUUCCUCCUGUCUGCUGAGACUUUUGGAAGGCAAGCUCUGGGUAGUCUGCCUCUGUGUAAUUAUUGGGUGUGUGCUUCUCUGAAAGCCAGGGAUUGGGCAGUUAUUAAGAGGCUCUGUUUGAACUUGCUCCUUCAGCCGCUGACUGGCUGCUGUAGCCUCCUACAAACGUUGGUAAACUGCAGUAGAAAUAAAAUCCAGCAAGUGAACUUUCCAGCCUUAAAACUCUCUAGUUUGGCUCACUUUCCUUCCCUGGGACCCCCACAGUUGUCAGCAGUCAUCAAGGUUGGAGGAGCUUUGAGGGUGUUAUAAUUCGGUUCCAAAUGAGCUGAAGGUGGGUCUUAAGCACUGCCCCCCGCCCCUUUCAGGAAGCCUUUCUGGACUGAGCUGAGAAAUGAAGUUCUCAUAGUCUCUUUUCUUUACUUCCUAUCCUGAGGCUUGCUUAGAAUGAAGUCAAUUCUUUAUUCCUAUGUUUUGAGAAUGUUUUUUCUGUACGCAUAUGUUCAUGGCAUCUGUAUUCCUUCAUUCAUUUAACAAAUGUUUAUUGAGGGUCUACCAUGUGCCAAGCACUGUUCCAGGCACUGGAGCACAGCAGUGAACAAAAAAGAACAAAUCCCUUCAUGAAGCUUGCAGACAAAAAAUGAACAAAACAUACAGUAUAUCUGAUGGGUUAAAUGCUUUGAAGAAAAAGCAGAGAAGGGAGUCUGGGGCAAAGGGGCUUGCAACUUCAAACAGGGCGCACUGAGAAAACAACAUCUGAGCAGAGACCUGGAGGAAGGGAGGAAGGGAGUUCUGUGGCUCUCUGGUGGAGGAGCGUUCCUGGCAGAGGGAACUGCGAGCACAAAGGUCCAGAGCGAGGAGGCUGCCUGGUUAAAGUAAGACAAGAGCAGAGAGAACACCAGGAGAGCAGUCUGAGAGGGUUUAAUGGGGUCUGGGGAGAGUGCAGGGGCCAAGUAGAUCUUGUAAAAGAUUUUCAACUGGGCAGUACCCCCCACAGGUGGCUUUUGGAAGUGUGUAGAGACAUUUUAGUUGUCCCAAUGGCUGGCAAUGUUGAGGGUGGACUGGGGAUGCUCUACUGGCAUUCAGUAGGCAAGGGUCAUGUCAAACAUCCUAUAAUGCAAAGCACAGUCCCACACAAUGAAUACUUUUUCUUCUAAAGAUGUCAGCAGCACCCUUGUUGAGAAAUACCAAAUAACACCCAAAUCCACUGUGAAGAUUUGCUUUUACUUUAAGGAAAACUGGGAGUCAUUGGAAGGUUUUGAGCAGAGGAUGCUUAAAAGGAAAUUUGGCUGCUGGGUUGAGGACACACUGAAGGGAGAAUAAAGAUCAGGUAGGUAGUUGUUGCAAAAUCCAGGUAAGAGAUGGUAGUAGCUUGGACCAAGAGUAGUAUCAGUGGAGAUAGUAAUAAGCAGUCAAGCCAACAGUGUUUCUUGAGGUAUUAAUGUGGAGUGUGAGAGAAAGGAGUUGAGAAUGAGUCCAAGUUUUGGGCCAAUGUAAUUGGAAGAAUGGAGUUGCCAUUAGCUGAGACGGGAAAGUCUGCAGCAGGGAGGUAAGGGUUGAAUUUUAAGCUUUUUUUUUUAAGUUUAGAUUCCUAGUAGACAUUCAAGUGGAGAUGCUGAGUAGGUAUUUGGAAGGGGCUAGAGAUACAAAUUUGGGAUGGCUUUUAAAGCCAUGGUAGUGAACACACUGGGCUGCUAACCAAAUGGUUGGAGGUUCGAGUUCACCCAGAGGUGCCUUGGAAGAAAGCCUUGGUGAUCUACUUCCAAAAAAUCAUCCAUCGAAAACUCUAUGAACACCGUUCUACUCUGACACACAUGGGGUUGCUAUGACUCGAGAUCUACUCGAUGGCGACUGGUAACUGGUUUAAAGCUAAGAGACUCGAUGACACCACCAAAAAAUGAGAAGACAAAAGAGGACCAAGGAUGGAGUCCUGAAAUAUGAAUGUGAAGAGGUGGGAUGGGAACGGGAAAGGAGUGGCCAAAGAGGAGAAGAACGAGGAGGAUCACAUGGUAUUCUGGAAACAGAAUGAAGAGGUGGUUCAAUGAGGAGGGCAUGAACCAUAGAGUCAUGCUGCUGACAUGUGAAGUAGGAUGGAAUGAGAAUUAUCCAUUGGCUUUGGCAACAUUAAGAUAAUGGUGACCUUGAAGAGUGUAGUUUCAGUAGACAGAGCUUAGGCAGAAGCUUGAUUAGUGUGGGUUUAAGAGAGAAGGGAAAAGAGACUUAAGAGACAAAUCAAACAAAUGUAAUAUGUGAACCUUGAUUAGAUCCUGACUUGAAUUAAGCAACUGUAAAAAGACAUUUUUGAGGCACUUGGGAAAAUUUGAACACAGAUGAGGUACUAGCUGAUAUUAAGGAUUUGUUAAUUUACUUAGAUGUGGGAAUGAUACUGUUACUAUAUCUCUUAAAAGUUCUUAUCUGGUAGAGAUACAUCCUGGUUGGAAUGCUAAUGAUUUCUGGGGUUUGCUUUAAUAUACUUCCUCCCCCAUCAACAUAAAUUCACUGCCCUCUAAGGUUCUUGUCUAAUCUUUCCAGUUGCUUUUCUCAAUUUGAUCCCAUAUAGAUAGUCCUUAAAAGAGCAUAAUGCUCAAGGCAGACAUUUUUUUUCUUUUUCUUUUUUAUUGUGCUUUAGAUGAAAGUUUACAGAACAAACUAGUUUCUCAUCAAGCAGUCAGUACGCACAUUGUUCUAUGACAUAGGGUAACAACCCCAGGGCAUGUCAACACUCUCCCCUCUCAACUCUGGGUUCCCCAUUACCAGCUUUCCUGUUCCCUCCUGCCUUUCAGUCCCUGCCCCAGAGCUGGUGCACGCCUACAGUCUUGUUUUGUUCCAUGGGGCUUGUUCAGUCUUUGGCUGAAGGGUGAACCCCAGGAGUGACCUCAUUACUGAGCUGAAAGGGUGUCCGGGGGCCAUACUCUCAGGGUUUCUCUAGUGUCUGUCAGGCCAGCAAGUCUGGUCUUUUCUUUUUGAGUUUGAAUUUUGUUCUACAUUUUUCUCCAGCUCUGUCUGGGACUUUCUCUUGUAAUCCCUGUCAGAGCAGUCAGUGGUGGUAGCCGCGCGCCAUCUAGUAGUUCUGGACUCAGUCUGGUGGAGGCCGUGGUAGAUGUGGUCCAUUUGUCCUUUGGACUAAUCUUUCCUUUGUAACUUCAGUUUUCUUUGUUCUUCCUUGCUCCCGAAGGGGUGAGACCGAUGGAGUAUCCUAGAUGACUGCUCACAGGCUUUUAAGACCCCAGACAUCACUCAAGAAAGUAGAAUGUAGAACAUAUUCUUUAUAAACUACGUUAGGCUGAUUCAGCUAGAUAUUCCCCAAGAUCGUGGCCCCCACAGCCCUAAGCCCAGCAAUUCGGUCCCUCAGGGAGUGUGGAUGUGUCUAUGGAGCUCCCAUUGACCUUGCCUUGUACAAGUUGUGCUGGCUUCUCCAGUGUUGUGUACUGUCUUACUCUUCACCAAAGUUUCCACUUGUCUAUUUAGUGUUUUUCCAUCCCCACUCCUUUCCUUCCUUGUAACCAUCAAAGAUUGUUGCUUUUUGUGUGUAAACCUUUUCAUGAAUUUUUAUAAUAGUGGUCUCAUACAAUACUUGUCUUUAUGUGAUUGACUUAUUUCACUCAGCAUAAUGUCCUCCAGAUUCAUCCAUAUUGUGAAAUGCUUCACAGAUUCAUUGUUGUCCUUUAUUGUUGCAUAAUACUCCAUUGUGUGUAUGUACCACACUUUGUUUAUCCGUUCAUCUGUUGAUGGACAUAUAGGUUGUUUCCAUCUUUUUGCUAUCGUGAACAAUGCUGCAACGAACAUGGGUGUGCAAUCUGUCCAUGUGACAUCUCAUUUCUCUAGGAUAUGUUCCUAGGAGUGGAAUUGCUGGAUCAUGUGGUAUUUCUAUUUCUAGCUUUCUAAGGAAGUGCCAUAUCAUUUUCCAAAAUGAUUGUAUCAUUUUGCAUUCACACCAGCAGUGUAUAAGAGUUUCAAUCUCCCCGCAACAUCUCCAACACCUGUUAUUUCCUGUUUUAUUGAUUCCUGCCAGUAGUGCUGGGGUGAGAUGGUAUCUCAUUGUGGUUUUGAUUUGCAUUUCUCUAAUGGCUAGAGAUCGUGAGCAUUUCCUUAUGUGUCUUUUGGCCGAAACCAUUGCCAUUGAGUCAAUUCUGACUGAUAGCAAUCCUACAGGACAGAGUAUAAUUGCCCUGUAGAAUUUCCAAAGAGUGGCUGGUGGAUUCAAACUGCUGACCUUUUGGUUAGCAGCCUUAGCUCUAAACCACUGAGCUAACAGGGCUCCUCAAGGCAGACAUUUUUAAUGAGUUAAGCUAGAUCAUUGUUUGGUUUUAAGAAGAUUCCAGGGAAUGUUUUUGGUUUAAGGUUGAAAAUUUAUCUCAGGGCAAUAGUUUCAGGGGUUCAUCCAACCUUCAUGGCUCCAGGAAGUCUGGAGUCCAUAAGAAUUUGAAAUUCUCUUCUGUAUUUCCCCCUUUUGAUCAGGAUUCUUCUGCUGAAUCUUUGUUCAGAAUGUUCAGUAAUGGUAUCUGGACACCAUACAGUUGUUUUGAUCUCAUGGCAAAGAGGCAGUUGUUCAUGGAGACAAUUAGCUACACAUUCCAUAUCCUCUUCCAAUUCUUAACUCUCCUUCUUCCUCUGUUGUUCCAGGCGAAUAGAGACCAAUUGUUGUGCCUUGGACAAUUGUACUUUAAAUGAAGCUUUCAGGGGAUUCCGCUGCAGCUCCCUGCUCAAGAACCAUCAAAAUAGACUAACCUGAACACAUUCAUUUAUCAACACAUAUACACAAGUAUUCACGUGUGUUUUAAAUAAUUAGGCUAGCUGGAGAGCUAAAACUCAAAAAAAUCAAACCCGUUGCAAUCAAGCCAAUUCUGAUUCAUAGUGACCCUAUAGGACCAAGUGGAACUUUUGGUUAGCAGCCAACGUUUUAACCAGUGCACCACCAGGGAUAGGAAAGAUUAAAAUAUGAUGAGCUGUAGUAUAGGUGAGGGGAAAGGAAUGUGGAAAGAGGAGAGUUGGGUGUGUUGUUAUUUGGGGAAGGACAUUUUUAUUUAGGUUUCUCAAGGGCUGGAGUCAUAUCUGUGCAUUUAUUUAAUACAUAUUUAUUGAGUAUCUAUGGUAUGUCAGGCAUUGUUGUAGGUGCUGGGAAUUUGAGGUGACCAAGUCAAAGACUCUGCCCCAUGAAUCUUAUGUACAAGAGAAGACAGAUAAUAAACAAUUGAAAUGUAUAAUAUAAAUUCACAAAGGCUAUGAAGGAGCCCUGGUGGCACAAUGGUUAAGUGCUUGGCUGCUAACUGAAAGUUUGGCUGUUCAAACCUAUCAGCUGCUCCCGAGGUAGAAGAAAUCUGAUGAUCUGCUUCCGCAAAGAUUAUAGCCUAGGAAGCCCUUAUAGGGUAGCUAUGAGUCGGAAUCCUUGACAGCAACAACAAGAAAAAGUAGGAUAAGAGGGUAACUGGGAAGAGGAUAGUUUUGACAGACUUCUUGUUGUUAGUUGCCAUUAAGUUGAUUCUAAUUCAUGGCGAUCCCAUGUGUGCAGAAUAGAACUGCUCCAUAGGGGAAGACUGUGACCUUUCAGAAGCAGAUUGCCAGACCUGUCUUCUGAGGUGCCUCUGGGUAGGUUCGAAUGCCAACCUUUCAGCUAGUAGUCAAGCGCUUAAUUGUUUGUGCUACCCAGGUACUCCUUUGAUAGACUUAGGAGGUGUCUUAGGAUUCUCUAGACUAAAUAAAGUGAGGAAUGGAGACACUUGAAGACCUGAGGGAACGACAUCCUAGGCAGAGGAAACAGUGAAUGCAAAGACCCUGGGCUAGGAGAAACACGGUGUGUUCAAAGCACAGAAAAAGAACAGGGUGGUCAGGGGGAUCAAGAGAGCAAGAGUGGGAGGAUAUGGGCUUGGAGGGGGAAGAAUGGACCUUCCAGAGAAGUUUGUGGGAUGGGAGAUGUAAUGGGAAGUCAUGGGGGUGGGGGCUUUGGGCAGGAGAGCGAUGUGAUCAGACUAUUGCAGAAAAUGAGGUCUAGGGAGUCAAGAGCAGAAGAGGAAGAACAGUUCAGCAGAGAGAGCCCUGGAGUGUAAUUCACAGUCAUUCAACAUCCAUUCCUUUAUUCAGCUUUUCUGCUAUGUGGUAGACAUUUGUGCACAUCUGUUAUCUCAUUUAAUCUACACAAUCCUGAUAGCAAGGUAUUAUUGUUCCUGUUCCACAGAUGUGAUAACUGAGGCUCAGAGAGGUUAAGGUAACCUGGCCAAGGUCACACAGCUAAAGUGGUGUCCUCAGAAUUCACUUGCGAGCUCUAGCCUUUUAUAUCCUACCAUAGCCAUGCCCACUGUAGGGGGAGUUCUCUCUGGUGUGAGAAGCACUUCCCCCACAGGCAAGGCUCCAUCCAGGGCAUAGUCCAAUGUUCCAGGACAAAAAGCCUGGUGACACCAUGCCCAUGUGGCAGUUGUUCAUGUUGCUGGAGCUCUGCACUUGGCUCUUGGCCCACUCAUUUCUGGCAUGCCAGCCAAGACUGGGCUAGUGGACUGGCAGAAUGCCACCAACAUGUAGCCAUGUUGUGCUGGAGUGUUAGAGAUUCACCAGAAGCAAUUGGCUGUUUCUGUGGGUAUGUGAGCUGGUUGAGUACACAUGAGCAGAGGUUACUGGUUAGGCAGUCAGUUGAAGCAAUGGGAUUGGGGAUUGGCUGGGUGGAGUUUUAUGUUCUCACUUCAAAAUCUGACUGUGCUAUGGAGGUCAAGGUCAAGGCAUCUUCACUCACAGCUCAGAGGGCAAGGUCUCUGCAGAUGCCUGUGGGCUUGAGGGUUGUAGUAAGUGAAAGUGGAUGCCAAAGGCAGCAUGCAAGGGGCAUGGGGCUGGAGUCCUAGUUGUGGGUUCUCAGGGAGGUCAUCAGGUCUCUCUGAGCCAUGGUUUCCUCAGAUGUCAAAUAACAUUAAUAAUAAUAUUAGCUAUUAUUAUAAGAACCAAAUCCGUUGCCAUCGAGUCAGUUCUGACUGAUAGCAACCCUACAGGACAGAGUAGAGCUGCCCCAUAGGGUUUCCAAGGAGCGGCUGGUGGAUUUGAACUGCCAUCCUUUUGGAUAGCAGCCGUAACUCUUAACCACUGCACUUCCUGGGCUCCAGUUAUUAUUAUAGAAGUAUAUUAUUUACAUGUAAUAUAUAACUAUUAUCGUUAUUACUACUACUACCCGUAGGAUUAUUCUUAGGGCAUUCAAAAGUAUUUUGUAAAUUGGAAACACUGCACGAAUGCAGUCAUUGCUGUUGAUCAGGACUUGCCUUCCCCAUUCUCAGGAAGACAACCCAUGCCCACUGUUGACUAAUGGUGGGUUGGUAUUGCCACAUGGGUGUGUUCCUCUGGCCUUGUGAGGUAGGACUGAUGAGAAGUAGCCUCAGAGACAGCAUGGCCGGAUGGCCGUGAUCCAUCCUCUCAAGCCAGCUUUGCCUGGCAGCCAGGCACCUGUCUGCCAGGUAAUAGAGAGAUUUCUUGUGAGGGAAGCUAGCAAGAUGCAGCCAAGUGCCCAGCUCUGUAAUUCAUGCUGAGCUGCCCAGACCGGCUCUGGGAGCCCUCGUGGCUACCUAUAAAGGUGGCUGGAGUUCCAACAACUAGGCCUUGGGCUGAGCAAUUGAGUGGCUCUGGCAUUGUUGCCAGUGCCACCCUGCUGGGCAGGAAGGAGAGAGGGCAGCAUGAAGCUGGAGGAUUGAGAGAAAACCCUGACUGUUCAGGAGCAGGGCUGGGGGGUCGUCAACAUGGAAGGAGGAGGAGGCUGGGGUCUCCUGGGACUUUCAAGUUACAGACUGAGUUUCUGAGUUAUGCCGCCCCAAGACUGCCAGGUUGAUGCAAGGCCAUGCGAUAUUGAGCAAGUACCUAAGUCUGUCUGAUCCUUCUCAUUAGUAAAAUGAGAAUUUCUGUUGCAUUGAGUCAAUUCUGACUCAUAGCAACCCUAUAGGACACAGUAGAACUGUCCCAUUGGGUUUCCAAGGUUGAAAUCUUUGUGGGAGCCGACUGCCAUUUCUUUCUUCACAGAGUGGCUGGUGGGUUCGAACUGUUGACUUUUCAGUUAGUAGCUAAGUGCUUUAACCACUGUGCUACCAGGGCUCCUUAAAAUAAGGUAAUUUGUGGAAAAGGCUUACUUGCACCCUGCCUUGGGCGUAUUGUGAUAAUGAUGAACAUGUCUUAGCAGUGUGGAGUCAUGCUUUUAUUUUCAUGAACAUGCAUGUUUCACGUAUGUGCGUGUGUAGUUUGCCAUCUCUCUCUGGUACACUCAGGAACAGGGACUCACUCACACGGUCAGUCACAAAUGGUACCUACAUGGCCAUGUGUCUGGCUGUGUCCUGAACUGGAUGGAGAGCAGAAUUGCUCACAGCUGCGCCUCUGGCCGGAGAGCUCACUCUAGUCUAGGGAGGUACCAUAUAUUCACAAACAUCAGUGAUACAGCCUGGAAAAAUCGAUGCUGCAGCCCUCUGGUGUCACAGGGAGGCUACCGUGGAGUGCACAGGUGGAGCGAGCACUUCCAGCCUGGGCAGAGACAGAGUGGGAGGGGAGAGAUGGGAAGAGCAAGAAGGGACCAGGGAAGAGUUUGCAGGAGAAAUGUCUGGAGCUGGGCCCAGCAGGGUGGGGCAGAAUGUGGACACCUGGAGAUGGGACUAACCUGGGGUCUCUGGCUGAGGUUUCUAUCGCCUUUAGUCUGUCUCCUAAUUUUAAAACGGGGAUGUGGAUACUACUCUGCCAUCAUGCAGCGUUUUUGUGAGGCUUUUGGGUGUGCAAAUCCAGUGCUGAGGGAGAGGAAGUCGGUUCAGGACUAACCCUAGACUCCCAUACACAUGGCAUCAUCUACAAAGGGCACCUUUUAUGAUGCUCAAAACAACCCAGUGAGGGAGUGAGAGUUCACAGACAAGGGAACAGGCUCAGAGAGCUCAGGUGACUUGCUGAGACCCACACAGCUAGAUUCAGAUUUGAGAAGCUAGAUUCUGAGCCAGGGCUCUUCCUUCAGGACACCACAGGCUCUUCUGUGGCAGUAAAAGAACACAUGUGCUGGGACCAGGCAGACUUGGGUUCAGGUCCCACCUCAGCUGUGUGACUUUGACCACAUUACUAAUUUACUCCUCAGUUUUCUCAUCUGUAAAAUGGGGCUAAUCAUAUCUACCUCUCUGGUCUAUUGUAUUAUAGUUAUUAGAUAUCAAGUCCCAGGUGGGCAAUAAUUGCUCAAUAAAUAAAUGGGCAAGGAAGCAGUUGUGGACUGUUUGUUGUCUGAGCUCUCUGGGGGAGAAACUGAUGAAAGAGGAGAGAGGAUCUUUUUGGUUAAACCCUGAUGCUUUCUUAGAGAAAUGUAAAAAAAAAAAAAAAAAAAAUGAAUGGGCCCCACAGGAUGUAGUUUGAAUUGAACCGAAAACUUGCAAAACCUGCAAACAAAUGAGUGAAAGUCUCUUCACUUUUCUCAUCCCCAAUUGCCUAAUCUGCAAAAUGUGAAUAAUGGCAGUAAUAUCUACCUCACAGGGAUAAUAGAUGUGGAAGUGCCGUAUCAGCUCAGUCAAGAUUAGGUGCAGAGAUGUGGCCUCAAGCAGCUUAUAUUCUAAUGGAGAAACAGGCAAAACACUGUAAGAGUCUGUAACAAAACACCCGAAAACUUAAAACAGCAAGAAGCAUUUAUUUUGGGCAUAUCCACAGUUGGGGCAAGGCUUGGUAGGGACAGCCCGAUUCUGCUCCAUGCGUCAUAAGCUAGAGAUACUUAGCUAAGACUGGAAGACUUGUUUUCAGGAUAACCAUCAACUAGCUGGCAAGUUGGUGCUGGCUGUUGGUUCCUCUCCACGUGGGCUUCUCCAUGGAGUAGUUUGGGCUUCUUCCUGGCAAGGUGGCUGGGUUCCAAGAGGAACAUGAGAAAAGGUAGUAGUAGGAAAACCAGGACAGACCACUUUUCUGGAAGUCCAGGGAGGAAGGUGUUUCAAGGAGGGUUUGGAGAACAAAUACUGCAGAAAAGUCAAGUCAAUUAGGAACUGUGUUAGUCAGGGUUCUAUAGAGAAACAGAACCAAUAAGAGAUAGAGAUAUUUAUUUUAAGGAAUUGGCUCAUGCUAAUGUGGGUUUUUUUUUUUUUAAUAUGGGGGACUGGCAAGUCCAAAGGCUGCAGGUCAGGUGACAAGCUGGAGGUUCCUGCAGUCUAGUAUCCCAAACUCUGUAGGUCAAGCGAGGGGAAGAGUGAAGAGUAAGGGAGUUCUGGCAAAAUGUCUAUUUAUAGUCUGGAGGCAGAAUACACACUAGGGAAAACUUCCUUUUUGCUCUUAAGGCCUUCAGCUGAUUGGAUGAGGUCUACCUGCAUUAUGGAGGGUAAUCUACUUAAGGCCAAAGAAAUUAAUCACAUGUAACCUCUUCAUAAUAGCACCUAGACUAGCAUUUGACCAAACAACUGGUCAACAUAGCCUAGCCAAGUUGGCACAUAAAAUAAACCAUCAAGGAACCAAGAGAAGUUCCUGUUGGAUUUGGCAACCAGAAGACUGCUGGUGACCUCCCUGGGGAACGUUCUGUAGGGCUCUGAGGGAAGAACCCAGGUUGUAGCAAGUUAGCAGGAAAUCAGGGAGAAAGGAAGCUCAUGCAAACAGACAGCUCUUUCUGGCAACCUAUGGAAAGAAGACAGAGAGGGAGAGUGAUUUUAACCAGGGGGAGAAGAGUUGCAGGGAAAGAUAAUGUUUUUAGAAUGAGAGGUUCGAGCAUGUUUAUACCCUGCAGAGAAAGGGGCUAAGAGAAUAAAAAUGCUGAAGACCAGCAGGGCAAGAGUGGAGAUGAAGAGUUGUGGAGACUGGAUAGGGCUUGGAGAGAAAGAAAGCACCUCUCCCCUGAGAUCAAAGAGAAAGAGAGAGAGGCAAGGAUGGCAGAAGUAGGACAUUUUAAUAAGAGCUAACAGUAAGCAUUUACUACGUGUCAAGUUCUGUCGUAAGUGCUUUAUAUGUUUAACUCAUUUCAUCCACACUGUAACCCAUUAAGAAAUUUUUAUGAAUAACCCCAUUUUACAGAUGAGGAAGCUGAGGCAAAGUUCAUCCAGAGGAGUUAGGAUUCCUCAGAAAGGCUUCCUAUAGGCAGUGAGAAAAGGAGGUCUAGGAAGGGCUGUUGUAGGGAGAGGGGCAAACAACUCCCCUCUAUGACCACUGCCACUGGGUGAGGUAGAGCUAGCUUUGGUAGUUGCAGUAGGAGGGCUUUGGUUUAGCAGAAUGUUUUCCAAACUAGUUUUUUUAGCUGAGGUGAAAUUCAAGUAACAUACAAUUAACCAUUUUAAAAUGUACCCUUCAGUGCAUCCGCAGUGUUGCACAACCACCACCUCUAAGUCUCAAAACUGUUGCAUCACCCAGGAAGAACGCCCAGUACCCAUUAAGUCAUCUCUCUCCAUCCUCCCUUCCCUCCCAGCCCCUGACAAACACUAAUCCUUCCGUCUCUAAUGAUUUGCCUACUCCGGAUAUUUCACAUAAAAGGAUCAUACAAUACCCGACCUUUUGUGUCUGGCUUCUUUCACUCAGGUUGGCCCAUGUCGUAGCAUGUAUCAGGACUUCAUUACGUCUUACGGCUGGACAAUAUGCCAUUGCGUGGCUGUGCCGCCAUUUGUUUAUCCAUUCAUCUGUUGAUGGACAUUUGAAUUCUUUCCACCCUUUGGCUAUCAUGAAUAAUGGCGGUAUAAACAUUUGUGUACAAGUUUCUGUGUGUCAACUCUUUUCUAAAAGAAGGAAACUUUUAUUUUUUUUCAAAUUAAAUCUAGUGGAGACCUCCAGUAGGUAAAACAGCCCAAAUCAGAGUUGUACUGCUUGGAGUGGAAGGUUCUAUGCCCUGCUGUCUCCACUUUCCCCUUGACCUCAAAGUGGCCCUGGGAUAGCCCUGUGGGGUGCUGAUGCUCUUUGGAACACUGGGGAAAGCCCGGGGUUACUGCCAGAUCAGUCUGUUGCAGUUGAUUCAAUUCUGACUCAUGGUGACCCCACGAGUUUCAGAGGAGAACUUCACUCCAUAGGGCUUUCGAUGGCUGUAAUCUUAUGGAAGUAGACUUCUGGGUCUUUCUUCCAUGGCACCACCAGGUGGAUUCAAACUGCCAACCUUUUAGUUGGUAAUCAAGCAGCAACUAUUUGUGCCACCCAGGGACCUCUUGUUCUUCCUAUGAGCAUCUGAAGAGCCUUCGUUGUGUUUUCAGGAAAAACCUUUCUGAAAAGAGAGGCGGGCGACUCUUUCCCUAGGCAUCUGUCAUCCUUCUUGUCCUUCAGAUGACCUCUAAAGCUCUGCACCCCCCCCCCCCACCCAGUAAGCAGAGAAUCAAAGUGAAGCAAGUGGCGGUGAGUGGAGGUACGUAUGGAGAUCUCCGCCUUGAACUCAGGGCAGAACACUGAACUUGGUCAGCAGACACCGACCUGGAUAGCAGCAGAGCGGAAUUUUCUGUAGCCUGUCACCCCUGGCUGCUGGGACAACUGCAGUCACUUGCCUGUUAAGACCUUUCGAAAGAGCUUCCUGUGGAAGACUGCAGAGGCAGAUUACACCAACCAGCAAAGGAAAUCUGCCCCUCCCGUUGCAGCCCCCUAGGCCUGGAGGAGGGGAUGGGGGAACUAGGAGAAGGAAGUGAAGAUGACUUCCUGGAAUGAGACUGUGCUGCACCAGUUCUGUUGCCCCGUUGCUGAUGCUGAGCAGAAGCCCACCUGCUCUGACCUGGUCUCCCACAGUGAUGGCUCCUGCGCCCAGGCCGGUGGGGGCAUGGAGGACUCCGUGGUGGCAGCGGCGGCGGUGGCAGCCGGCAGACCCAGUGCCCAUGCCCCGAAGGCUCAAGCCCAGGAGCUGCAGGAGGAGGAGGAGCGGCCAGGGGCGGGGGGUGCCUCCCCUCGGGCUGGCCCCCACCGUGCGGCCUCCCUGGGCCAGCAGCAGCCUGCCCUGGCGACAGCGCUCUGCUCCCACGCCCCUGCUGCCUCUGAUUACGAACUCUCCCUUGACCUAAAGAAUAAACAGUUCAGGGAUGACAUUAUGUGUAAGUGGAGUGGAUGGCUGUGUAUGGAACAUAAUUUCAUGGCCCAGGAACAUUUUCCCACUCCCCAAACUUCUCUAAGGACUCAUCAGAACCCACAGUGCCACCAGGAAGCCCAUUCUCUUAAGAUUGAAAUGCUAGAACACAAAUACGGGGGCCACCUGGUGUCCCGGCGCGCUGCUUGCACCAUCCAAACCGCCUUCCGCCAGUACCAGCUCAGCAAGAACUUCGAGAAGAUCCGCAACUCGCUCUUGGAGAGCCGCCUACCACGGCGGAUCUCCCUGCGCAAGGUGCGGGCGCCCACCGCCGAGAGCCUGGCGGCGGAGAAGGCGCUUAUGGAGGGCUACGGCCUCAUGGGGCUGCCGCUGGUGCGCUCGCCCUCCCUGCCGCCCACCUUCGCGGGCACGCUGACCGAGCUGGAGGACUCCUUCACCGAGCAGGUGCGGUCCCUGGCCAAGUCCAUCGACGACGCCCUCAGCACCUGGAGCCUCAAGACCAUGUGCUCCCUGCAGGAGAGCGGCGCUUACCAGAUCCACCAGGCCCUGCACACGGCCGCGGCGCCGCCAGGCUUGGAGGCCGAGCUCGGGGAGCCCGAAGGCGCCGGCCCAGGGCCAGGGAAUGAAGCCGCUGAAACCGCCGGCUUGCCCCAGGGCCACAGUAGCACCCUUAUGAUGGCUUUCCGCGACGUCACGGUGCAGAUCGCCAACCAGAACAUCUCCGUCUCUUCCUCCACGGCUCUGUCCGUGGCCAACUGCGUUGGAGCGCAGACGACCCAGGCCACUUCGGAGCCCGCGGCCAGCAGAGCCGAGCAGGGCCAGGCUGGGGGCCAAGAGUCCCCAGCGGUCCCAGCCGCGGGUCAGGGUGAUGCGCCCUCAGAAAACCCGUGUGUAGAGGCAGAGACCAGCGUGGCCGCCAGCUCCAAUGGGCUGGGGACAGCCGAGGCGGUGACAAAGGAAACCGUGGCAGGGGACGUAGAGGAAGAAGGGGAGGAGGAAGAGACGGGCGAGGUGGGGAAGGGGACCGAGGCCGAGGCCGGAGACAACUUGGAGCAGAUGAGCAGCAGCAGCACGUCCACCAAAUCUGCCAAGUCGGGCUCGGAGGUAUCGGCCUCGGCCUCUAAGGAAGCCCUGCAGGCCAUGAUCCUGAGCCUGCCGCGCUACCACUGCGAGAACCCCGCCAGCUGCAAAUCGCCUACGCUCUCUACAGACACCCUGCGCAAGCGACUCUACCGCAUCGGCCUCAACCUCUUCAACAUAAACCCGGACAAGGGCAUCCAGUUCCUGAUCUCCCGUGGCUUCAUCCCGGACACCCCCAUUGGUGUGGCCCAUUUCCUCCUCCAGCGCAAGGGCCUCAGCCGUCAGAUGAUCGGAGAGUUCCUGGGUAACAGCAAGAAGCAGUUCAACCGCGAUGUGCUGGACUGCGUGGUGGACGAGAUGGACUUCUCCAGUAUGGAGCUGGAUGAGGCCUUGCGGAAGUUCCAGGCUCACAUCCGCGUGCAGGGGGAAGCCCAGAAGGUGGAGCGGCUGAUCGAGGCCUUCAGCCAACGCUACUGCAUGUGCAACCCUGAGAUGGUGCAGCAGUUCCACAACCCUGACACCAUCUUCAUCCUCGCCUUUGCCAUCAUCCUUCUCAACACCGAUAUGUACAGCCCCAACAUUAAGCCUGACCGGAAGAUGAUGCUGGAGGACUUCAUCCGAAACCUGCGAGGUGUGGAUGAUGGCGCUGACAUCCCCAGGGAGCUGGUGGUGGGCAUCUAUGAAAGGAUACAGCAGAAGGAGCUCAAGUCCAAUGAGGACCACGUCACGUAUGUCACCAAGGUGGAGAAGUCCAUCGUGGGCAUGAAGACAGUGUUGUCAGUGCCCCACCGCCGCCUGGUCUGCUGCAGCCGGCUCUUUGAGGUGACAGAUGUGAACAAGCUGCAGAAGCAGGCCGCACACCAGAGGGAGGUGUUCCUCUUCAAUGACCUGCUGGUGCAGAUCCUCAAACUUUGCCCGAAGAAGAAGAGCUCUUCCACGUACACUUUCUGCAAGUCGGUUGGCCUGCUGGGCAUGCAGUUCCACCUCUUUGAGAACGAAUAUUACUCUCAUGGCAUCACGCUGGUAAGCCCGCUCUCAGGCACUGAGAAGAAGCAGGUGCUGCAUUUCUGUGCCCUGGGCUCGGAUGAGAUGCAGAAGUUUGUGGAGGACCUGAAGGAGUCGAUCGCUGAGGUGACGGAGCUGGAGCAGAUCCGGAUAGAGUGGGAGCUGGAGAAACAGCAAGGAGCAAAGACCCUUUCCUUCAAGUCCAGUGGAGCCCAGGCGGACCCACAGUCCAAGCAAGGAUCGCCUACAGCCAAAAGAGACUCGGCGCUGGGGGAGAAGCCUGCGGAGAGCACUGUGGAGGUGUCAAUUCACAACAGGCUUCAAACGUCCCAGCACAACCCCGGGCUGGGAGCCGAGAAGGGAGCGCCGGCACCACUGCCAAACCUGCAGCCUAGCCCCCUGCGAGAGCAGCCCCCACUGCUGCCACCACCACCACCACCCACGCCCCCGGGGACCCUGGUGCAGUGCCAGCAAAUUGUCAAGGUCAUUGUCCUGGACAAGCCCUGCUUGGCCCGCAUGGAGCCCCUGCUAAGCCAGGCCCUCUCCUGCUACGCCUCGUCUUCUUCUGACUCCUGCGGCUCCACACCCCUGGGCGGCCGGGGCUCCCCUGUCAAAGUCAUCCACCAGCCUCCGCUGCCCCCGCCCCCACCCCCCUACAACCACCCACACCAGUACUGCCCACCGGGCUCCCUGCUGCACCGGCGCCGCUGCUCCAGUGGCUCGAGGAGCCUGGUGUAGUCUGUACCCCCACCCUGCUGUGCCCAGAGGGCUGGCCACCGGGGGCCUGGCUGUGCCCGGCAGGCCAGACUGCCCUUCCAAGGCUCCCUACACCCUGACACAAUGCAUUCUGGUCAUCAAUCACCGCCGUUUUGAAACUAGAAUCGCAAUCCCUGGCACCUGGUUUGCCUCUCCCGACCAUGCUUCCCACACUUGGUUGAGCACCCCACCCCCAAAUCUGGAGACACCAGCUCACUCUCCUGGGGCCCUGCACAGCCGAAAGUAAAGAGCCUCCUCUUCCUCUUGCCAUCACACUCCCCCUUUGAACCAUGGAUUGAAGAAAACUGGAGCAGAGGGCUUCCCCCUGCCCAGACCCUGAAGUCUGCUAAAGGCAUGGGGCCUCAGCCCGGUGGGCAGGAGCGAGGGAAGCUGGGGUGGCCAGCGCCAGAGCAUUGGACAGAAGGUGGUCUGGAACCUCAGGAUUAGGUGCAUCUGUGGCUGGACUAGGUGGAGGAGGGUUGGCACUGCCCCCUGAAGGAACCAGGUGGGUAUGAGGUGUGAGGAGGGACAGCUUUCUCUCCUGUCCCCCCCCCACCCCCAGUCCAGCUGUCUCAAGAGGCUGCCUCUCCAACCCCAGGGAAGUUGCCUGUCCUCACUACACCCUUCCCCUUCAUCCCAGGGUCUCUCUUCUCCAGCUUUCCCAGGGGUGGGGCUCUGCCUGCCCAGGGCUACCCAGGCCAGAAGUUCCCAGGCUCCAGGGAGGAGGGAAAGGGGAGCACCCUCAGCUCUCCUGUGGCCAGUUCAACAGGGCCAUGGAAUCAUGAGGUCAUAUAGCUGCCCAAUGCACUUUUCUUAGUUCUCUAGCCCCAAAUACCCAGCCAACGGGAAGUGUGCAUAGGCGGGUACAGAGAAACCCUCAAUAACCAGGUUGCAUUGUUUCAUUAUGGAAGCAGACCCAGGGAGGGGCAGUGAUUUGCCAGGGGCAGAUGCAGCCAGCAGAGGGAGGGAGUCAGGGCUCCUUCCUGCUUGACUUCUGUGGCCUCCAGGAGGGUUUUGGGCACAGAGGGGGCGACAGGAGCAUGUGUUCCAGCCACCUGCAUUUCCCUAGCGGCCAACCCAAACUAACCCCUCAGCCUUUAAAUUUCCCCUCCUGGGAGGUACCAGACCUGCCUCCAGCAGGGGUAGCUCAGAGAACCCCUGAGCCCUCAAAAGUGCAAAGGAGAGCGAGCCAGGGACUCCUUGACUCUCACCGAUCUCCCCAGUGCGAGCAAAAUUGAGAGGCAACUUUUAGACAGACCCACCAAGCCCAGGCCUGGGGAAGGGCCCCCCUCCCACCAACCCUGCUGCCAGCCCCAUGAGAGGCCAGCCCUGCCUCAGAGACCAGGGGGCAGUGUGCCUUGACCUGCUCCAAUCCUGGCCCUUUCAGGAAGCACUUGUUCCAAGCCAGACUGGACCUCUAGUCCCAUGCCCGUGGUAGUCGCAUUCCUGUGUUAGCAAGCCCCUCCCCUUGGGAACCCAUUGUUACAGUGGCCUGAGAAGUGCAAGUGGUUAUCAACAAACAAUGUUUAAAGUGAAUUGGCUUAACCCCUACCCAAGCCCCAACCUGCAAUACCCUGGGCCGGCUGGGAGGCAAAGAUUCUUCCCCCACUAUCUGAGGUUCUAGAUGACCUAGUUUUGUUCGUAUGUGUGUGUUCACCCAGAUGUCAUUCUGAUGUCACCCCAUGGGUUUAUUUCUGGCCCUGUCUUUGUAGGCCCCGUUUGCUGUCUUCUCCCACUGUGGCUUCUCAGUCCCUGUGUUCAUUUCUGUCCUCUUUGCUCUGGUCCUGUCUUCUGUGUCUUAACACUCCAAUCAGAACUUUUCAGAAUGGCACAACUAGCAGAUAGGGUAUCCAUAUCAGCCACCUCCGAUGGCCUUGACCAAGGCAGGGCUCACCUGUAAAACGUGAAGGCCUGGGCAGCAGGUGUCAGAGACACAGGGAAUCAGUAGAGUCGUGGGCACGGGAGGGGAUGGAUUUUAAAUGAGGAGGAAUGAAAAUAAGAGUUUGGAUGGAGUGAGUGAAAAUGAUGAAUGGGAGGCAGGGAGUGUGAGUUAUGAAGAAAUAUGAGUUACAAGUGUGGCUGAAUAUGUGUAUGGGUGGGGACCAUGAGUAACCAGGGGCUGCUGAGGAAGGGGACAGCCCCCUACAGCCCAGUCACCUGCUGAUCUCUCCUGCUCACAUCCUGCUCCAUAGUUUAUAAAGUGCCCUCCCUCCCUGGUGACGGGCACCACUGCUUUGAGAGGUAGGUGGGCCCCUCCUGUGCACCUCUGCAGAGCCCUGGUUUUCCCUGUAGAUUGUGGGCCAGCAGAGUCUGAGGGCUGGCAGGGCCUCUUGUCUGAGGAUCUGGGCUCUCAGGCAUCUCAGGGGCUGUGCUGGCUGCCCACAAGCUUACUGGGAGUCCUGCCCCAGCAAGCAAAGCUGCCUGGGGUUAUAGCAGCACGUGGAGCCGACCCUGAGCUUCCAGGGGCAUUUAUCCCCCAGAUGCUGAGACCCCAUUUAACCCUGGAGCAGGACGCAGCUGGCCCUCUUCACUGUCAGGGCGAGAAAAGAAAGAGCGUCACAUGUGUAGCUUCUGCGCCCGAUCAGCCAGCAGACUGAGGUUGGGGCCCACCUCUGUCACCCUCCCCUAUAUCUGUUUCCAGAGCCUGGGAAAUUCCUCCUGCUGCUGCCUUAUGGCAGCAGCCAGUCUGGGCCUCAGGCCCUCCCAGAGGACCCAGCUGGAAACGCUCCUGGGCCCCCUGUUCUCCCAAGGCUGAGCAGGAGUGGAAUGUAGCUGAGCUCCCAGGUGCAGCCUCCAGUGCCCAGCCCCAUGGCUACAUGCCUAGUUACCCCAAGAUGGUCCCACUCCAUCAACUCUCUAAGCCUUACUUAGGGUACCCUCUCCCGAUUUUAUCCAUUUGGCCCCAACUCCAGAAUCAAGAGUGGGAGAUGAAACUAGCUUUCCCAUCCACUCUUGGGCAAGUCCCACCACCAGACCUGUAACAAGAUUCUGCCCUCGUAGCUUGUCCUGGAAGCCUGUCUGUCUGUCUGUCUGUCCCCAAAGACUCCCACAGACCUUUAUUGGCCCUGGGCCCUGACCCCUGAAAUUCUUGACCCUUACCGCCUCUGUUCCCCCACAGCGUGCCAGAAUGUCUCUUUGUGCCCCCUAGGCUGCUCCAAUAGCCAUGUGUCUGUCUCUGUGUCCUGCUGUACAGGCCUUCUUGCUGCAGCCCCUUUCCCCCAAACACAACCCUCCCCCGCCAUCGGAGAGAAGCCUAUCUAGGGAAAGGCAGGGUGACUGCACCCAGCGACUAAUCCAAAUGGCAAAUAUUUUGUAACAAAAUAGCCCAGAGGUAUUUUAUCUGUUCAAUUCAUAGAGUUUUAGAGAUUAUAUUGAAAUAUGUCACUUGAGCAAACUGUGUCGGUUCAGUUUCUUUCAUUCUCCAAGAGGGAGGGCCCAUCUUCAACCAGAGAGUCCAACUGGUGUGGUCCCAGGUGAGGGGAGAUACUGCUGCCCUCAGCCCUGAGGCUGUGGGCAAGACCUGAGGCAGAGGGAAGGCAGGGUCGGGAAGCUCUGCGUUACAUAGAUGAAGCUCGGGAACGGGAGGGUAUAGCCAGCCAUCUGUGGGUGGGCACUGGGGCAGAGCUGGGGGUCCAGGGCAGGAAGUCGACCAAGUGUGUGCUGGCCUCACCUACCCCCACCAGCUUGUGUGCGCAUAUGCACACACACAGAGAUGGGGUGGAGAGAUGGGGACACUUUCCUCAACGCCUCUCCCCCUCCCAUUGCUGCUGCAGGUCUGGGUGGCUUCUUUCCUUAGGGAACCAGGCGACCUAGUCCCACUAGCUAGUCCUCCCAGCAUCUUAGUGCUUCCUGCUUCCAUGACCCUAAGGACCUUAAGGAAUAACGUUGAGCCUGGCUCCGGGAAAACUGUGGUACGUGGCUCAGGGAAGGCAGGAAACCACCUGGGACCACAGAGCUUUUGGCCAGUUGAAAGCAGGUUCUAAUGGAGAUCAGCUUUGGAGGGAGAAUGCAGCCCAACAGCCCAUGUGCCUCAAGGCAGAAGUGAUGGGUAAGAAGGCCAGGACUCCAUCUGCCCUGCUUCACUCUCUGCAGUGGAGAGCCAGGGUACAGUGAGGGUGGGAGGACCAAUCUUGACUACUAGCCUCAGGAAAGCCAGACCUUCUAAUGGCGUGGUCUGGUUUGACAAGCCCCAUAAUCUACUUUCUGAAUGGAGGGGCGGCAGGCUCAGGUGAAAGGAUGGGGCCAAGUUCCUGGAGCCACAGAAUAGGAUUUAGCAAGCACUUGCUGAGCCCUACAGUGAGCCAGGCCCCUUGUUAGGAGCUGGAAGGGACGUCAAGGUUCUGCAGAGGGAUGAGACAAUAGUGGGGUGGGUACAACAGAAGGCGGAGAGCUGAUGUCAGGGCCGAAGAGACACGCUGUGCUCUAACGAGUGUCCACAGCUACUUGGAGCGCUUACAUCAGGCUCUCUGGAGAGGGCCUUGAAGAUGCGGCAGUUUCUCCUGCAGGGAAAGAGGAGAGAGCCUUUUGGCAAUGUGGAGGCAGCAGAGGCUCCGUGGGGAAAAGCAACUGGCCAGGAUGGCUGGUCCUGGGGUGCCCACAGAGGGCAUCCAGCUUUCCUGGGGAUCAGACUCUGAAUGUCCUAAAUCCACACAGCUCUAAGGGCCUCCCCAGCUGGUCCCACCGUUCUCUGUUAAAGGCCUGAAAAGGAGCAUGAGCUCAGCCUCUUCCCAGGAAACAGGAAAUUCUGGGAGAAGCCUGGGACCAACUAUGACCUGCCCCAUCCUGAGAAUUCUCUGACCUAGGAAGCUGAGGACCAGCCCCUUGAGAGCACUCCUGCAGGGACCUAGCUCAGGGCAGGCCUGGGAGAGGGCCCUGCUGUGUGUGCUGGGCCGUCGGGGCAGUGGCAUCCAUCCUCCAUAUCUAAUGACCCCCGUGGUCAUCUAGGAGGAAUCCCUGUCUUUCGAAUUAGAGAAGGAGACUGUCCUGCGCUUAUAGAGUCCCUCUGGUGUCAUGUGCCAUAGGAAUGGAGAGCUGUGGUCAGCCGAAUCUCCCUUUGAGAUGACCCUCUGCAGACUAGGGGAACUCAUCCGUCAUUGACUUAGAAUGUUUCCAGUAAGGGGUCCUUGGAUUUGCUGGUUUCUGGCUGAGAGCCAUGGGCCAGAACGAGAUGCCAGUGCAAGAAAUCAAGGUGAGUUCAACAGCGAACUUGUCAACAUCUACCAUCUGCCAGGCGCUGUUCUAGGCGAAACAGCAGUGAUGGGACAAGCAAAGUUCCUGCUUGAGGAGUUUCCACUGGUGGUGUAAAAAACAAAUACAGAUAAAUGGACCGCCGAUGUUCACGGAGAGGAUGGUGACGCAAUAGAGGUGGUGGUGGGGGGGCUAUUUCAGAGUGAGCAUUAGGGUGGACCUCUCCAAGAGACUCAAGCUGGCCAGGUGUGAGGCCAGCUGAACAGUCCAGAGCCCACCUCCACAGAGUCUAUGUGUGGAAUGACCACAUGUUUUUUUGAGGCAGAAAUCAGGGCAGUCUGCCAAAGGACAGUUUCCUGAUAUAUGAAUUUAUUUACACGAAAAUCUUACUGAAAUAUUAAAAUGCAUGUUAAAACCACUUUCAUUGAAGAAAUAAUAAAAUUGGGCUUCUCCCAAAAUAUCCAGAACAGAUGGUCCUCAUAACCACAGACAAGGCAAAGAAGUAGGUUGAAAGUUGGCAGUCAAUGGACUCCAGAAAGGCCCAGACCCCAGAAGCAGGCAGGGUAGGCAAGGGCAGCACUACAGGCUGGGUGGGCAGCCAGAGCAGGAGGACCCAGGCCACCAGUGUAGACCCUGGAAAACGAGCACCAGCCACAGUGAGGCAAAGAUGCCUAAUGCUGAGGCAGCUGCUGUCCAGAGCAAGGCCAUCCUGAUUCCUGAUGGGGAGAACACCCCUCACCAAGGGCCUGGUCAGCCUGCAGGCAGUGCCCUCCUCCCCUGUCAACCGGAAUCAAGUAGACUCAGGUUUUCCAUUUAUAAAUAGUAAUGGGGCAGACCCCAUGGCCUAGUACCUGGUCACGAGGUUGACACCCUUUCACACCUCAGCAUGGGCUACAUAAAUACUGCAGUAAGAUUGAUUUUUCCUACAGUAGGGUUGGCAAAACACUGCCAAUGGCCUUGACAUUACUCCCACGCCUUUCCCCAGCCUUGACAGACAUGGCUAAUUCAUUGAUCAUUGCUUUCCAGAAAUUACUAUCAAUCAAUGUCUGUUGAUAUCCGGGAUGAAAUUAACUUGCCACCUGGCUCCAUGGUAUCCUCAUUGAGCCACACUGAAGGGCAAUACAC